AAUAGUUACUUUUCUCCAACGCACUCAGUCGAACAACGCGAUCCGGUAAUGAACGUAACGAACGUAAGAACGCUCCGAUAAAUGCAUUAGAUCAUAGUCGGGGUGACACUACGACUGCCGUGACCGGAAAGAGACGAAAACAAAGAGAGUGUCAGCCCGUGUGCGCGCGAGUGGGUUAGAAAGUGAGUGUGGCAAGGAAGUGGACGGACUCCCAGAAACCAGGGACCUGUACCUGUGAUUCACUAUACAAUACACAAACAGUGGAAAGCGCUCAUUAUGCAGAAUAUGUGGAUAAUUUUUCUGAUUAUUGGGCUGGUGGUGCUGGGACUAGUGAUUCUGUUAAUUAUGGCAGCGCGUUAUCAGCGUGACUAUUGGCGCUAUCUGAACAUUCCCCAUGAGAGGCCGAAAAAGUUAUGGCCCAUCGUUAGGCAAAUAGUGACACAGAGUCUCAGUACCGAGGCGAUGAAGACGGCUCAUUACUCGGCACUCUACACCAAGUUCAAGGGCGGCGGACCGUUCUGCGGCUUCUAUGCCCUGCUGCAGCCGCGAGCACUGAUCCUCGACCGCGAACUGAUCAGGCAGAUAAUGAUCAAGGACUUCUGGAACUUCAAUGAUCGCGGCAUGUACUGCAAUCAGAAAACGGAUCCACUUUCGGGGGAUCUGUACGCGAUGCGCGGCCAGAGUUGGAAGGAGAUGCGCCAGAAGCUGGACCCUAGUCUCGAGAGCGAUCGCAUGUCCUGGCUGUAUGGCAGUCUGUACGAGGAGGCGGAAAAUCUGCUGCUUACCGUCAGCUCUACGCUGAUGAAGCAGCCGCACUCCACGCUCCACAUACAGAAACUGAUGCGGCGGUAUGUCCUCUCGGCCCUGGCCAAGUGCGUCUUUGGCCUGGAUGCCCAGCAACGGCUGAAGUAUUCCCUGGAGGACUUUGAGCAAAUGACAGAGAUGGCCGUGAGCAGCCACAAGCACGGCUAUUUAAUGAAUCUGAUGAUGAUCAGGUUUCCCAACUUCUGCCGCAUUCUGCGUAUGCGCCGGACCCCCAAGCAGGCGGAGACCUACUUCCUCACCUUACUCUCGGACAUCGUGGAACAGCGCGAAGCCUCUGGCGUCCGCCACCAGGAUUACCUGCAGCUGCUGGUGGAGAUCAAGGCACUGGAGCUAAUCACCCAUCAGUAUGAGUCGGACAAGGAGCUGAAGACGCAUCUGCAGAACGAGCUGGCUGCGCAUGCCGUCGUUUUCCUGAAGGCUGGCUACGAGCAAACAGCCAAUACCUUGUCCUAUAUCCUCUACGAGCUAGCACUCCACACACACGUGCAGGCCAGGGUACGGGAAGAGAUCAAGAAGGCCAUGGAGCGCCAUGACAAUAACCUGAACUUUGAGUGCGUCCAAUCUUUGGCAUAUCUGGGCCAGGUCAUCAACGAGACCCUCAGGAUGCAUCCCAUCACGCCCUACAUACUCCGCCGCACCCUCACCGACUACCAGGUGCCCGAUCAUCCCCAAUAUAUGCUGGUCAAGGAGCUGUUCCUCAUCAUUCCCACACAUGCCAUACACCACGAUCCUGAUAUCUAUCCAGAGCCCGAGGAAUUCAAGCCGGAUCGAUGGAGCGGCCCCAGGGACUCGCUGCAGGAGCAGGGCACCUGGUUUGGCUUUGGCGUGGGCGCACGCUCCUGCAUAGGCAUACAGUUUGCCCAGCUGCAGCUGCGUCUGGCUCUGGCCCUGCUGCUCAUGGAGUACGAAUUUACUCUCAACUCGAGGAAGCCGCUGGUCAGCCUGGAGGAUGGCAUUGCCCUGCAGCUGACGCCUUUGGGCGUCAUUGAGCCGGGCACCGAGGAGAGGGCUGUCUGAGCGAAUUAGGUAUCUUAUUUAGAAAGUACGGACACAGAAUUUAAACCAUGAACAAAGUAUAGAAAGCAAUUUAAAACUAUUUACUAACUACCAAAUAUCUAGGCAUAGGACUAGAGAGACGGAAACCCCACACACACAAAUGGCAUUCUUACUUAAUUUACUACUACUCGUACGAGCAUAUUGUUUUAAUUAUUCAUUUAUUUAUUAUCGAAAGAGCAAAUACUUUGCUUUUAAAUAACUUUGCCGUCUUACAUACAAUAGAAGUAUAGAUGUACUUGAUUUAUUAAAAUAUUUGUCCAUUUGAUUCGUAGUUACUCGCAAGUAUUUGUUAGUUAAAUAUCGUUUGUUGCAUUGUCGUUUGCUGAUAUGGUUGGUUGGUGGCUCAGGUGGCUCAGGUGUCUGAGGUGGCCUGUGCAGAAUUGAGCUUAUUAGCGUAGAUAAAAGACAUUAUUUUAAAAAUAGCUGGCCGCUUUCGUUGGUUAAUCGAAAUUAGAGUUACGGGCUAGAAUCCGUUUUAAAUGUUAGCACUAAAAUUAAAUUUAAUAAUAAUAAAUAAAACAU